AGCUCCAGAACAGCUCGCUCGGAGGAAGACCGAGACUCACUGUGGGAUGCCUGGGGCUCAUGGAGCGAAUGUUCACGCACUUGUGGAGGAGGGGCUUCGUAUUCACUGAGACGCUGCCUGAGCAGCAAGACCUGUGAAGGGCGAAACAUCCGGUACAGGACAUGCAGCAAUGUGGACUGCCCACCAGAAGCAGGUGAUUUUCGUGCCCAGCAGUGCUCUGCUCACAACGACGUCAAGUACCAGGGACAGUUUUAUGAAUGGCUUCCUGUCUCUAACGACCCUGACAACCCUUGCUCACUGAAGUGCCAGGCCAGAGGAGUGGCUCUGGUUGUGGAACUGGCACCAAAGGUUCUGGAUGGGACCCGGUGCUACACUGAAUCCCUGGACAUGUGCAUCAGUGGCUUGUGCCAAAUCGUUGGCUGUGACCGCCAGCUGGGAAGCACUGUCAAAGAAGAUAACUGUGGGGUCUGCAAUGGCGAUGGGUCCACCUGCCGGCUGGUGCGAGGCCAGUAUAAGUCCCAGCUCUCAGCCAAUAAACUGGACGAUACAGUGGUUGCCAUUCCUUAUGGAAGCAGGCAGAUUCGCCUCGUUCUGAAAGGACCUGAUCAUUUAUAUUUGGAAACUAAGACUCUCCAAGGUGUGAAGAGUGAAAACAGCCUCAGCUCCACAGGCUCCUUCCUCGUGGACAAUUCUAGCAUUGACUUCCAGAAGUUUCCUGACAAGGAGAUAUUAAGAAUAUCUGGGCCUCUCACUGCAGACUUCACUAUCAAG